CGCCUGUGGUUCAGUGCUGGGCGGACAGAGAUAUACAGAACGAGGGACGACCAGUCGAGGGAAAGUCAACAACAAUAAGAUGAUUCUUUUUACGAUAGCAGCAACCUGGGGUUCUACAACUCAACAUCAGCUCUCAAGCCUCAUUCUCCUGAAGAAGUUGUUGACUGGAACAACUGGCCUACACUCUCAAGACCGAAAACUGAUUUACAAAGACAAAAGAAAGGUAUUCCAACGCGUUCAUGGAUAUAACAGGGUUAGAGACAUGUCCAAAAUGGUUCUGCUUGAAGCCCAUAUUGGCCAGGAGAAGCGCUUCCUUGAGAUGAGAAAGAAUGGCAAGAUGGAGAAAUCUUUGUGGUCCAUUUCCGAGAUCAGCUUUGAAGUCUACUGCCUCUCCAUUUUCUCUUUGAUAUUCUUCCAUUGGUUGUAGGUAAUUCGAUUUGCCAGUUCUCAUCCGAAUGUCCAACCUGGUUGCUUUCUUAUAGAUUUGGACUCUUGAAUCAGUAAAUAGUAUAGGUGGGAAUGUAGGAGGAAAUGAAGUUUUCAGCUUUAACAAGCUGUUGAUGAAUGAGCUGCUGAAAUUGGAGAGGAUUAUAGGUCAUGGAGAUGCCAAAUUAUAGGGGAAAUUGCAGGGCUAGAAGUGUUUAGAUUAGUUUCAUGGCACCAAGAACAAAAAUGCCUUGAAAGGUGUUAAUAUUCUUUUCUUCACAGAUGGGUUGAAAGGUGCUUACUUCUCUAUUGAUUUUCUUGAUAUGCUCAAUGAUUUAUUUACCAUUCACAUAAUAUGAGACUUUGUGUGCUUGCUGUAUCUACUGUUUAUUUCAUUUAAACAAAAUUACCAUCAUUGCUGCUCAGUACAGGGUCCUGGAGGAGUUGCAGGAUCUUUCUGCAAUUCAGAGUUUCAGAACCUCUUCCAAAUUGAUUGGAGUUCUCUCAUUGCUGGGCCAUCUAGCUUACAUAUAACCUAAUUAUACAUUUACCAUCAUUUGCUUUUACAGGUCGGGACCAGUACUAUAAACCAUGCUUUUGCUGCUGCUACAACGCUAUUUCUUCGGAAUGUAAUUGAUUUACUACUUAACCAUUCGGGAACUGCAGUUCAUCACUAAAUGUAAGUUUGUGAACCCUUUUCAUGAAUUUUUUGCUCAAAUUAUGUGUUUUUUAAUCCAUGUUUAAAUACUCAAUUAAAUGGAUCCGUGUUUGGAUGUCAACUCUUUUCGUGAAUCCAUGUUGUUCCAUUCCCCGUUGUUUACUCUAGAUCAGUUUGUCAUUGUUUCGUAGUCUAACUUUUUCAAGAUUUUAUACAAGCUCUAAUUAAAACUUCUCUUAGUUCCCAUCAGGCAAGAAAUACACCAUCACCAAUCAGGCAUUGAUUGAAUCCUACCUGAAAGAUGGUCAGGUAUAAGAUUCUCACUUUUCAGAAUCCAUAUUAAGUUUACUUUAUAUGAUUUGCUGCGAGAAGUCAUGAUCUGAUAGGUAAUCAAUUUCUAUUCCUUUUUGGCUUGCUGAUUAUAUGUAGAACUUUCCAGGAUAAUGCGAAUCAAAAACUCUUCUCAUAGCAUGAUAGGUUUGUUCAGUUCAUGAGUAUGGAUCAAGAGCUUCUCCAUCAGUAAGGGACAUUAAGGACCUGCUAUUUUUUCUCAUCAUUAAUGGUCAUCGAGAUUGUGUAACCGACAGACAAGCUGCUGAACAUGUCAACCAGUAAGCUGAAUCCUCUUUCCUGUCACACGCGCAGUCGCAUAUGCUUUUCAAUGGGUUGGAUUUAAAUAUUGAUUUUAAAAGUGUUUGCCCUCUGGUUUGCCGUUACCAUUUCAAUUUGACAUUUCUGUCUGAUCUUCUUAAGUUCCUCUACAUUCAGCCUUCUUCCGGUAAUGCUCUUUCUCUACAAUUGAUGGAUACCUUUGCCUCAUAAUUGUAGUUAACAGGAUCUAGAAAAUUCUGUGUAUAGUUGAUGUUUAAUUGAUAUGGUUAACUCCAGUAAAAUGUGUUAUUUUUUCAUUUCUCCUUUCCAAGACCUUGCUUAAUUUCCUGUCAUUUAUGGGUUCAUGUGUUCUCAACGAUAGAUUUCUGCAACAUAAUGUAUAUGGAUGUGCUAUUUGUUGACUAGAAAAAGAAAACCUAACAGCCCCAAGUCUGCUGUAAAUCCUGCCAAACCACCCAAUAGUUAGUAAUUUCAGCACUCUCUCUUUUGUUUUAUAACAUUUCACAGGAAAUCAUCUGUAUCAACAGUAGCAAAUUGCCAGCUAACAAACAAAUACUAAAAGCUUCAAGAACCCUAAUCAACUAACAAAGACAGGUCUUAAAUGGAAACAAAUGCAGCGGGUGUUAUCUUGCAUCAACAAUGACAGGUUCCCAGCUCACAGUAGCAAGCUUGUUCGAUUAGUCCCACUAAUCCGAUCCUACUACCCACGGCCACUUUCCAAAUUAAGUCUUGGUUUAAUUAGUCAGCUUGCCAGAUUAAUCUGAGACUUUGUUUAAUCCUCCCUCUCUGGCUUCAUGACGUCUUUACUUCAUAAAACUGCUCAAAGAGAUAAGAUUCAUGAAUUACCUGUGAGUACCUUGCUACUAAUUCUUGAAACUACCAAAGGCCUGCACUUAUAUGUGGCAGUGGCCUAGAGUGCACAACAAGGGCAAAAUACGCAUCUUACCUCUCAAGCUCCCAUGAGUUUUUUUUCUACAACAUACAAGGGGUAAUUUGAUUGGCCCAACAUAACUAAAUAUCCCGCGGCUUAGCAGCGGGUAUUGAUACUAGUGUUGUCUAAACAGACGGUCAAGUUCUUGCUGCUUGGUUGGGUAUGAUGGAGUCUAUUCUCAGACAACCCACAAAUCAAAGUUAGAGAAGUCCUUGGAAUCCAGAAAUGCGAGAGGGGAUUGGAUUGCUCGAUCAUUAACUAUUUUUCACUCAUGUUUGACUAAAUCAAUAUUCUAAAGCUGAUUUUACUGUAUGAAAAAAAGACCCCCACACCAACAGAACGCUUUGACAGUUUGUCACUGAAAAGAAUAGCUAUAGCUUCCUGCUCUAUUGACUCUCUUGUUUACGCCACUAACACAUGAUGUUCUUCCGAUCUGGUGUUUUGACUUUUGAGUAUCCGAAUUCAGCUCCGAGGUGAUUUUUUUCCUAGUUACGGCAAAUGUGUCAUCCCAGAAAAUACAACUAAAUCUGCCUCUGUAAAUUAGAACAGAACCAGAAAUUAAAAUCAUCACAUGAUUUGCUUUUUUACUUUCAUAACAGAUCUACAAUGUUAGAAGACAACAUCACAAUGUGUACAACACAAGAAAGAAUUUUGAACAGG